AUGAUUCGUGGAUCAGCUGUUCGUCAAUCCUUAAAAGUCUUAAGCGCUCGUCGUUUAAUGUCUACUGCUCAAACAAAGUUCACUACUUUAUCUAAUGGUGUAACUGUUGCAACUGCCACCAACCCAAGUGCUACCACCUCAACUGUUGGUUUAUACAUUGGUGGUGGUUCUAGAUCUGAACACCCAUACAACAAUGGUAUUUCCGCAUUGACUGCUAACAUCUUAGCUAAUGGUUCUGAAAAUGGAGUAUUAUUAUCUAGUGAAAAUACCAAGGAAGUCAAUGCUAUUGUUGCCCAAACUACCAACAGUAAUGUCGAAAAAGCUGCACAAUUAAUUGGUUCCAUCGCUUCCAAUGCCGAUAAAGUCUUAUCCAAGGGUGAUUUUGCUGCUGCUAAGGCUGCAUUAAUUGCUCAAACUAAUGCCAUUGAAUCUAACCCAGAAUCUAAAGUUUUGGAACAUUUAAACGCAUCUGCUUUCCAAGGUUAUUCUCUUGGUUUACCAACCUUGGGUACUAGUGAAUCCGUCGCUAAUUUGGAAUUAGAUGACGCUAUUCGUCACUUGGAAAGACAAUUGGUCACUUCUAAUACUGUUAUUGCCGCAGUCGGUAACUUUAACCAUGAUAAAUUGGUUGAUACUUUGGAAGGUAAUUUAUCCAUUACCGCAAACUUAAAACCAGCUACUCAACCAGCUAGUUUCUUAGGUUCUGAAGUUAGAAUGAGAGAUGAUACUUUACCAAAGGCUUAUGUUUCCAUUGCUGUCAAUGGUGAAGGAUUAAAUUCCCCAGAUCAUUACCUUUCUAAAGUUGCCGCAGCCGUCUAUGGUUCUUUCGAACAAAACACCACCACAACUCCAUACACUUCUCCAAAAUUGGCUUCUAUUGUUCAAGAAUACGGUAUUGUUGACAAAUAUCAUCACUUCUCCCAAUCAUAUUCCGAUGCUGGUCUUUGGGGUUUCUAUGCUGAAAUUUCCCAUAUUAUGGCCGUCGAUGAAUUUGUUCACUUUGCAUUAAAAGAAUGGAACAGAUUAUCUAUUUCCGUCACUGAUGCUGAAGUUGCCCGUGCCAAGGCUCAAGUCAAGACUGCUCUUGCUGCUAAAUUAAACACUCCUGCAGCUGUUGCUUCUGAAUUAGGUCAAAAGAUCUUAUUAACUGGUCAUGCUACAUCUAUUCAUGAUGCCUUUGCUAAGAUUGAUGCCAUCACUACUAAGGAUAUUAAGGCUUGGGGUCAAGCUAAACUUUGGGACAGGGACAUUGUCAUUUCUGGUACUGGUCAAAUCGAAGGUUUAUUCGAUUACAACAGAAACAGAAACGACAUGGCUAUGAUGAGAUGGUAA